AUCUUUUGAUUUUUUUUUACUGGAAAAAAUAUAGGGUGUCCGAAUUUUUCUUAAUUGUUUUCAAGAUUAACCUAUUCUUUGGAAUUGAAGUAUAAAAAACAUUACAUAGCUGUAUAUUUAGCUGAGGAAUGAAAAAUCUAAACCGAAUUGGAUGAUACAUACAUGAACAUGGCCUUAAUUCUUUUUGUUGCAGCUUAGGGGAAAAUGAUAACAAUGAUAUUUUUUUAACCAGCGAUUUGGUAUUUAUAGGUCGUCAUAUCUCUCAAUUUUGUACUUUAGGUCAAAUUUCACUUCAGUUUUCAUCACUGUCCAAAAUAAGAAUUUCAGAUAAAAAGACUGAUUUGGGAGAAAAAGGGGGAGAGUGGUAACCCCCUUCUCUCAAAUUUCACUUUAUACAUCAUUUAUUCAUACAGACUUACAACACAAUAUGUUCCUUGUUUAUUAAUUAAUGUCUUAAGAUUUACUACUAAUCUGUUGUGGUAUAAAAAUGUAUGAAAUUGAAAUGUUAAUGUAUGCAUAUUAAUUAGCAUUUUUAAACCAACGAUAUCAUAUCCAAAGUAUCUACCCGAUGAUUAACUCGCCCAACACUUUCCGUCAUGGUGUAAAAUUAUUCUAACGGCAUUCCUGGGCACCCCGUUGUCGAAAAUAAACCCUCUCCAUCAAAGCUAAUAUUGUUCUAUUUUAUUCAUUAACUUUUUUGUAUCAACCAAAAAUAUCCCACCCAGGGUAUAAAUAUUUCCCCACGAUACGCGAUGAACCCAUUCUACACUUUUCGCCAUGACGUUGAUUUUUCAUUAGUCGAACCGCGUUCUUGGUUAUCCCUUUCUGUAAAGUUCUAUUCUCUCGCCGACGGUCGCGUUUCGCUAGCUUCUAUCUAUCAAAACUAAACUCGUGCAAUCAAAAAACGAAUCGCCUUAUUUCAUUUAUUCAGCAUUUAUCAAACCUUAACUUCUAUAUAUAAUCCAAGUAUUUUUGCUGUUUACGUAAUCUUUUAAUAUUAUGUCAUUGCCAGGAUAUAUUUCAAUGCUAACUCCCACUGACUUGGAUCCUUCAAAGCGUGUCCACCACCUUACUCGCAUUUUUGCUAUUUUGAGUUGGUUUUUCGAAAAUGAUAGUAGGUUAUUGAUUAAUUUUACAAUAUUACUUCUCAGUUAAAAUUCAAUAACAGCUUACAGACAUCAUAUUACAGGUAUUAAAUACCAAAGGUGUAAAGAGUUAUGGUGCAGGCGUUUUUUAGUUUAUUGGCAAAAAGUCUUAACAUAUAAGUAUAGAUACACAUGCGUAAUAGUAUAAAAGGCUGAGCCCCUACACACUUUGCAAUAUACCUAUUUAUGGGUUAUAUGUAAUCAUUAAUUCUAAUGAAAUAAUUAGAUUUAUUUCAUGGUUAAGUCGGUAAUUGUCUGACAGUUUAUACAUUUAUGAGUAGUACAAAAAUACCGAACCCGAAGUCGGUUUCUUAAUACGACGCGCCGUACUGUAUCUUUAAAGUAAUUCCUCGUUGUUUAAUUUCUCUUUUCAUGAAAUGUUUACUUACACAUGUAGUUAUAAUUUUUCUCUUGCAUGCUUUAAAUCGAGACUUAUGUAAUUAGUUCAGUAGAAUAUAUAUUUUGUUCUCACUAGAUGGAUGUGCCACAUACUUCUUCGAGAGCAAAAAUUGAGAAUAUUCAUUCUUUUUGUAAAUCCUUUGGUUAUGACACAAAUGAUAUCAUCCAAAAUAUCAUUGCAAAUAUUAGUGAACUAACUGACAGAGAUAUUGUUCUCAUCGAUGCACUAUGGAACUCAAGAGAUGGAUUCCAGAAAAAAAGUGGAAAAUGCUCCAUAAUUGAAGCUAUAAGGGUGUUAGGAUGUGUUUCAUCUGCAAAUAUCAUUUAUUCAAGGGCUGGUUUAACGCCAAAAGUUAUGUUUUUGGUGGUUUACUUUUUCAAGGUCAUGUUUCGCAUCGUUGAUCUGAAAGAAUUACUGGAUCCAAAAUGUACAUUAGGAAAUUUCACUGUCCAUGAAUUUUCCGGAUUGGCCGAAAAAAUUACAAAAACUGAAAUCUUAAUUGAUGCGGUAGAAAUAAAAGAAAACGUCGAUGAACCUUCAUUGCACAGUUUAAUUUCAAAUUUUGACAUACACAUUGGAGUAGACCAAAUAGGGAAUCUAAAAAGUCGCAUCACAAGCAUGAUCCCUAAAGGAGAGGAUAUGAAAACAUGUCUCCAUCUGUUGACAUUGUUUAUUAGACUAUCCACCUUACGACAUGCUCUCUUAUUCAGAUUGAAAACUUGUGUUGAGGCAAAUAACUAUAGUCCAAGCACAAGUGGUACAUUGAAAACAUAUAUCGAAAAAGAGAGAGCAGAUAACAAAGAAUUUUUGAGAUUGUUUUCACUCCCAAGUCUUGAAGACAUCUACGUUUUAGCAGUAUUUGACCCAGCGGAACAUACGGAACUCACAACAUAUCUCGAGGAAAUGCGUCUUCCACUACAAAAUUUACAAAAGGUGUUGGAUGGAAAAUUUUUUCUUAUCCAGCCAUUUAAGAAUACGUCAAUCCUACUUGGAAGAAACUUCCCGUCUUUUGGGGCCGCAAGAGCCAUGAAAAGUUCAACAGAUGUUGAUAAUGUUCGAAUCCAAUUUGAAUUCGAGGCUGUUAAAGAAUCCUUCAAUCUUUUUUACAUUAAGUCCCCAGAUCUAAAAGAAUACCUCUACAUGACUAGCAAACUUUAUUGUGAUUAUUCUAAAAGAUACAAAGAUCAAACUGGUGCCCAGUGGCGGAUAAUUCAAGUAAAGGAUGAAAAGGGAAGGGAAGAUGACCCAUCUUUGUUUGUUUUAUGUACAAGAAAACAAUCUCGUAAUUUUCUUUACAUUGAGAAUGCCACGCUUAUUGAUUUCGCAAGGGGUUUAGAGGACAGCAGUAAACCACCUGGGACAGAGUGUUUAUUCCAAUUGAUGUCUCCUGGAAACCCUCCUAUUAGCAUUCCUUUCCCAAGUCCUAGACAUUAAACAGAAUCUUUAAAAGGAGGAUGCUGAAAAGAUUUCAGGAUAUGAAAAAAAUCUACUACAUCAAUUUAACUAUUCCCUUGUGAAUGAUGUCUAGUUGCGUGACUGUAUUCUUCAUUAAGAUAUAUCUAAUUGAACAUCCAGACUUGUUUUAAGGCUCUUUUAGCGGUCUAGAAAAUUAGCAGAAUUGGAUUUAUUGAAGUGUCGAUAAUCGUUUCCCAUUUUUAUUUUUAAAUUAUUUUUUAAAAUCAUUUAUUAACUAUUUAUUAGCUGUCAGAACAUAUGUCAAAACUCAAAGACAUGUACACAAAAUUAACCAUAAAGUGUAAAUACUUUGAUUCGUGCUAUUAGCAAUUCAAUGAAUUUGUAGAACAUAGUAGUUCGUAAGUGGAUGACUGUACUCCUUUUUUUCGCUAACGUAUUUCAAAUAUGAUUUUUAACAACUUAUGAAUUCAAUUUUACCCCUUUGCAAUGCUCAUUAGACUGCACUACUGCUUUAAAUUCAUUGUUUUCAGUUUUACAAUCAUGGCUUUUUUUUU